GGUCUCGUUGCCGAGUAAUUGUCGUCCGGGCACUCCUUUACCCUGCGUUUCCUGCAUUUCAAAAGGUCCCUGAUCACCUCAACAACAUGGCUGACAAGGCUGUCACCGUCCGAACCAGGAAAUUCAUGACAAACAGGCUUCUAUCUCGCAAGCAGUUUAUCAUUGAUGUACUUCAUCCUGGGAGGCCAAACGUAUCCAAGGCGGAACUUAAGGAGAAGUUAGCAAGGAUGUACGAUGUCAAAGACCCUAAUGCGAUUUUUGUCUUCAAGUUUAGAACUCACUUCGGAGGCGGGAAGUCGACUGGAUUUGGCUUAAUUUAUGAUUCUGUUGAAAAUGCAAAGAAGUAUGAGCCCAAGUACAGGCUUAUCAGGAAUGGACUCGCUUCCAAGGUAGAGAAGUCAAGGAAGCAAGUCAAGGAGCGAAAGAAUAGGGCGAAGAAGAUUCGUGGUGUAAAGAAGACCAAGGCUUCUGAGGCUGGAAAGAAGAAAUGAGUUUUCAGAAUGUUUGUAAUGAUUUUAAUUUUUCUGGGUGCAGUUAAAUUUUGGUUCUGUCUACAUGCUGUUUAGCGAUGUAAUGCGAUAUUUUUCAGUUUAACAAGUUAAUUUGCCCAUCUAGCAUAUUAAAGAAGAUAUUUGUUAUUGUUUGA